UUUUCUCUUCUUCUGACCACAUACAUAACUAGACUAGCAAAUGUUGAUGAGAGUUGGUUCCAGCCACAUACAUACUUAUCUUCUUCAUGGGAAGAUCAAAAGUGCUAGAAAAUCAACUGAAGCUCGAAGAAGAGAACCAAUUGAAGAUUCUGGAGGAGGCCAGUUUCGACCCAGUUUUCAACUCAAAGUCCCCAACAUAAUUCUUGCUCGUUCGGGGAUUGCUGUAUUUGGAUUGGGAUUUCUUGAUGCAGGGUACAGUGGAGAUUGGUCAAGAAUCGAAGUGAUAUCCAAGGAAAAUGAGGAGCUUUUGAAGCUUGCAGCUUUUGUUAUCAUCCCUUUGUGUUUGGUCCUAAUUUUUUCAUUCUCGCAGAAGGAUGAAGAUUGAAUUAAUUAGCUAUCAACAUUUCCAUUAGUGAUUGUGGAGUGUGUACAAGUUUUUAUCUUGUUUAGUCAAAUUUACUUCUUUUUUUAUUUAAAAAUAAUAUAUUAAAAUAAAUGAAUGAAGAUGUUUAAACUUUUUUA